UUGACACUUUUCACUUAUAGAAAACACUUGAUUGUGAAAACCCUCAAAGUUUCACAAAAAUUGCGCCAAAUCCUGAUUUGUUCCAACUUUCUAAAAACUGAGCAAAAAUCACUAAUCCUCUCAACUGCGCGCUCUUCUUCCCAACCUCGUAGCUUCUAAUCAAAACCCUGCAGCAACAACAAUAUUCACGCGACAAUGUCACAACAUCAUCGUCAGUCAAUUCGAGUAUUUUUUUUUAACCAAAACUUUGCAACAAAACACAAUUAAAUGGCCUUAAGAAGCACUUUGGCCGAGCGGCUCUUUAAAAUAAUCACCCCCAAACGGGCCCCAAAUGCCAAUUACUGCGACUCCUGCGAGAAAACUCAGGCAACCCAGAAAAAAUGCACUGCUGAUUCCCCGAAAGAACUUGGCCCAGACCCGCAGAUCAUCCAAAUUGAUACUCCAGAAGACGCAAGAUCAAGAAUAAUGCAAAAAUGCAAAAUAGUGAUUAGGGAACCCGAUGAUUACUCGCUAAUUUCGGGAGUUCCUCUUCACAUUACAUGCAGCCGAGCUGUCCGAAUCUUCCAGCCGCCAAAAAACGCCCAACAACAAGGAACACGCCACUUGGGCCAUUGGUUGAUCGACUUUGGUACAAAAGAGCGAUGGGAGAACCCGCUAAUGGGAUGGUGUUCUUCUGCAGAUCCACUCUCGAACCUCCAAGUGCGAUUCGGCACAAAAGAGGAAGCCAUCGCGUACUGCCAGAAGAACCAUCGAACAUUCUGGGUGCAGGAAAGUAAAACGCACAAGAAAUUUAAGGUCAAGAGCUACGGAAUGAACUUUCAUCAUAGCAGACGAACGCGGGUAUCGACAAAAUGAUGUGAAUCUUGAGCAAUAAUAACACCAUCGUUAGCUA